UUUCUAUUUAGACUCGACGGUCAGUAUCGAGGAAUUCGCCGAAUGUAAUUGAAUGGUGUAUUAAUAGUAGACUAAAGCGGUUUCUUAUGAGCACGUCGAGACUGAGUUUCACGCUACAUUUCAGCAUCGCCUGUAGCCUAUAAAAUAGGCUACUGACGCCUGUAGUGAAAAUGGGAAACGGAGUAAACAAGGUCCUACCUGGGCUCUACCUGGGGAACUUCAAAGACGCACGAGACAGAGAGCAGCUAGCGAGACACAACAUCACGCACAUCCUGUCCAUUCACGACAGCGCUGCCCCGCUGCUACAGGAGAUGACAUAUCUUUGUAUUCCAGCUGCUGAUCUGCCCACACAGAACCUGACCCAGUAUUUCAAAGAGAGCAUCUCCUUCAUGCACGAAUCUCGUCUGAAAGGGGAGGGCUGCCUGGUCCACUGUCUGGCGGGCGUGUCCCGCAGUGUGACCCUGGUGAUGGCGUACCUGAUGACGGUGACGGGGCUGGGCUGGCAGGACGCCCUGAGCGCUGUUCGGGUGGCCCGGCCCUGCGCCGGCCCCAACAUGGGCUUUCUGAGGCAGCUGGAGGACUUUGAGAGCACGCAGGCCAUCCACUACAGGACAUGGCUGAAGGAGAAGUACAAAGAGAACCCCUUUAAUGAUGAGGAUGCGAUCCAGGUUCUCUUGGCACAGAAGCCCAAGGCCAAAAGUGCAGAUUUUACCUCUCUUGGCAUGACGUACACCUGACGCUGCCCACUACAGUCACAGAUGGUGCAGGACGGUGCCACAGACACCCUACUACUGGGUUUGGAGAGCCAGUUAGAGUACACUGCCAUACCUCUCCUCUUUUUGUACAAGUGUUUGGUCGGGACCCUUGGGUUUUUGGUCCUUUAUUGCUGAAGGAGACAGGCAUUAAUUUAAAUGAAGCAAUUGUUUUUUUUGUGAUAUGUGACUCAGUUUGUGUGGGAAAUCACUAUUUAAAUCUACUUCCUAAUCAAUGUGAAGAGGUGCACUAUGUACUGAGGUUGUUUUUUUCCCUCCAAAAAAAAAAAUAGAGGAACAUUUUGAAUGUGCUUUUGUUAUUUCUAUAUGCAGUUGUUUUGUAAUACAAACUUUUUUUUUCCACUUGUUUCUGUACUAAGUAUAAAUUAAAAUGGACUGGAAUCACAA